AUGUGGAUGGUAUAUGAUGGCUUUAUUCUUUUCUUCUCCUCUUUAUUACUAACAUCAAAUGGUAGCGUUGAUUUAAGGACACUAAAAGGAAAUGAUACGUAUACUGAAGAAUUAUUUAUUAAAAGAUUAAAAAGUGAACAUUUGUUAGCUCAAUUUCGGUUUGUUAUUACAUCUGAUGCUAAAUCAGGAUUGGAUUAUGCUCUUUUUCCACGUAUUAUUAGUGAAGUAGUAACGAAGCAUCAUAUCCAAGAAUUUCAUUUAUCACUUACACAAGGUUUCUGGAGAUUGAACGAAUGGGGAAUACAACCUCAGCCGUCUUCACCAAGCGGUGCGCAAUUGUAUGCUUGGAUUAAUGGAAAUAAAACAAACGAAUUAAUUGAUGAACGAUGGUCAAGUUUUGUCAAUUCGAUGAAUGGUAUUUUUUGUACAUCUCUUCUCGAUAUUUUGCCUACUUAUACAGCAGCACCACAACUCUCGUUUUUGCAGAUGGGCUAUAUGCAUCCAGAAAUGGGAAGCGUGGAUAUGUGGAAAUCAUACAUAAAAUAUUGGUUGAUUUCUUUACAACUCUCCGGUCUUUACUUCAUUAAUAUUGGUAAUAUGUUUAUUUCUUUUUAUUAUUUAAUUUUUCGGUAUGGUGCUUUGGCUAGCGAAACGAUUUGUACAGAAAAUUUUACACCUUGGAGGAAAUUAUUUCCUUGUAAGCAGACUGGCUUAUCCACGCUGUUAAAUCCUAUUAAAAUGUAUGAAUCGGUUUUUCAUUCGAUGUCCGUACACUUUCUCCACAUUUGUGAGGAUGGGACAACAAAUUGUGGAAGACGGAGAAGACUGGAGCUCAGUUUAAAUUUUGUGUCGGAAUUGGAUUUGAAAUCUCGAAGUUUAGAUUGGAGUUUUCGUCAUAUAUUUGGUAGACGACUGGAUCAAAGCUGUGCAAUAGCAGAUAGGGAUACUGUUUUGUUCGAAGUGGAUCGAAAAGUUGUGAUAAAAAACGGCAAACAACGAAAACUGGGUAAUCGCAUUUUCUCACUGUAUAAUAUUUCUGAUUAUCCACUUCAUGCAUUCCCGAUUGAUAUAAGUGCAAAAUAUGAAAGUCGUUUGGAAUUACCGGUCGAUAACAUUCCUACUUUGGUUACCAUUAGAACUUAUAUUACGGGUACAGACCAACAAUCGGGACGUCUGAUUAGUAUUUUGAGAAACGGCCAACAUAUUCCGCAGUGUGUUGUUUAUAGUCACGUAGUGCCAUGGUUCAUAAAAAUAUACUACCACACAAUUCGUUUUACUUGUCGUCCUUUAGACGUUGAACAGGGGCAAUUCUUGGAAGGGAAAGUGAACAAAAAGAUCUUUGUGCCGGCAAAAGAUCGCCAGCGACCAUUUCUGCUGGAAUGGAAUGUUACUCUUCCAGAAAAUUCAUUUUGUGAGAUGUCUUUUGAGUUCGAUAAAGCCUUCUUGAGAGUAAAUGAAUAUCCGCCAGAUGCUAGCCAUGGCUUUUAUAUUCCGGCUCCUGUUAUAACUUUUAAUGCUUUUGCUGAAUUAUGGAAACAAAAUCGAACCGACCUAGGCGAUUCAUUCACUACUACCUAUGAUCAACUAUUAGGUGCAAAAAGUUCGCGCAUAAUAAGUAUGCAUGGCGAAGUGCUGCUUAUCUUAUUACCAGUACCGGAUUUUAGUAUGCCAUUCAAUGUAAUCUGCCUUGUUUGUACAGCAAUUGCCAUGCUUUUUGGACCAGUACAUACUCUGACCACAAAAAUGAUGAUACCUCUUUCGGAGGAGGAUAAAGAUUUAGCUCCACUUCCACCAUUACGACAAUUUCUGUUAUAUAUUUAUGAAUUUGUUGUUCGACGAUUUAUUCCAAUAUUUAUAAGGAAGUCUGUCGUUAAAAAGGAAAGAGUUUCAUGA